ACUAAAGGUGAUACAAGGUAAAGUCAUCUCGAAUACCCAAAAAGAGGGUUGCGCAAAGGGCAACCCUAUCUCUUUCUGUUGUGUGUUUAGGUCUUGUCUUCGAUGGUAAAGAAAGCUGAAAAGAAAGGUAAAUGGCAUGGAAUUACAGUGUCGCAAGGCCCCCAUUGUGUCACAUCUAUUAUUUGCAUAUGAUUGAGUCUUGUUUACUAGAACAUGUCAUCAAGAGGGCAAGUAUAUGAAGAUGAUUCUACACGACUAUGCAUUGGAAUCAGGUCAGAUAAUAAAUCUUAGCAAGUCCGAAUUAUCUUUCAUCAAUAAUGUGGGUCAGUAGAAGAUGGAGGAGAUCGUAAGUAGCUUGGGAAUUAGAGAGAUCUCCAAACAUGAAAAAUAUCUUGGCCUCUCCAUGGUUUUAUGGUGAUCAAAGAAAGUGGUAUUCGCCUACAUUAAAGAACUUACAAGAAGUAGGAUAAUAGGCUGGAAUGAGAGGCUGAGGACAUUUUAAUUAAGGAUGUAACAAUGGCACAGAUGAUUUUCAUCCCUAUUCCAAGGCCGCAUAUUGCUCUGUGGCGUACAGAACUCCACUAUUUCCUUUGGGAGAUCAUGCACAACAUUCUACCUAUUAAUAUCAAUCUCGCAAAGAAGAUAGUCGAUCUGAGUCUAGAUUGCCUGUACUGUGGACUGGAGGAACACAAUUGCAUUGGUUCCUGGCUAGUGCAUGCAUGGUCAAGACGUAUCCGGCGACAGACGUGCUGAAGACGAUAUGGGUAUUGGUUGUUAAUUAUGUCUGGAGGGAGAGAUGCUUGAGGGCCCCUAAUAUUCUGUGGCCCUGUGCCGGAGGGCGGGCCAGCACACCCUCUUGGCCGGCCCUGCCUGAGGUUAUAUGGGAAGAAACAUACUCAUACUCCUUCCAAGUAUGUAUGCUUAUCAAGAGGAUGGUGAGAUGUGUUGUUGCCUAUGAUGUGGACUUGCAAAGUAGUAUGGAUAGAUUGAAACUAGAAUAGUGGUAAUUUCUUACUUGCUUAGUGUUAAAAAAACAAUUCGUAGUAAUGAUAGUACUGCGAGGGGUUGUAAACAAUGGAAAAGAGGGUCAAGUUGAUUUGGGUUGACCUGUACUUAAUGAAAUUUUGAUUAACCGGAACAAAUUAGUCUAUCAAACUCUUGCUUCUUAUUUAUUAAUCAAUAGUUAUCAACAUUAAUACAAAUGGUGUUAGUACCAUAUCCGCUCCCUACUUCACAUGACAUGAGUUUGACAUUGUUAUAAUUUGAAGAUAUUUGGUUUAGAACUAUGCUCGAUUCAUAAUUUGUUGCCCUCCUAAUUAAGCAACGACAUUUUACAGCGGGCCCUAGCAUAGAUAAAUGUCGUGCGAAAUGCCAUGGAUAAGGAGAGGCUCACCCAUAUGCCUAGCUGACUCAUAAGAACGGAGAUGGAGAUCUCAUGGAAGCCGCCAUCUCCCGAGUGGAUUUCUCUCAAUACCGACGGCUCCGUUCAUACUGAUACAAACCACGCUGUUGCAGGUAGUUUGUUGCGAGAUCAUACAGGAUGCUGCUUAGCAGCAUUCGCUAGCAACCUAGGUAUGUGUUCCAUUACCCGGACAGAGUUGCGAGGCGUUGUGGAAGGUCUUCAGUUGGCAUGGAACCUCGAUCAUCGAUGUAUUAGAGUGGAGUUGGAUUCUCAGUGUGCAGUUCAGCUCCUCUCGAAGCCUGACACGUCGGAUCAUCAACAUGCAGCUAUCAUCCAGAGGUUCUCGCAAACACAUCUACAUUCAGUUUGUCAUCAUCAAAUUCAACCCUCUCCCACGACCAAUUCUGACCUCUGGGCCAUGAAAGAAGCUAGAACUUUGAGGGCCACUGGAGCUCAUGAGUGAUGUUGGGCAGAUAAACUACAGAACCCAGCCCAUCGUCGUGGCCCUUACAGUUCGUAAGUAAGCUGAGAAAUAAACCACUAGGGAACACACUCGACUUGAGAGUCGUUUGGAAUCUUCAAUUUUAAAUGGUAUGCUCAAAUACAUACAUCAUGUUAAGUGCUUUAUUAAACCAUUUAGACGUAGGAUGUACGUCUAGAGAAUUCAUGAUGCCUUCUUAAUACAUAAAACAUAAUGUACUCUGUAUCUAAUCAUUUUGGUGAUAUUUUGUAUCCAUGCAUUCAAAUAAUGUUAAAUGCACUUU